GCAGGCAUUUGGCUACGACUUUGGUAUCUACAUACGAUUCAUUGAUUCUUCUUUCCCCUUGUUUUACAAGGUUUCCUGGAACCUUUAAAAAAUAAAAAAAAUUAUAAAAACAAAAAUAGAAAAGGUCUCCAAAAGGUUCUCCCCCGGGUAAUGGCUGCAUUGUCUCAGCCAAAUACACCACAAGGUUUGCAGUGGCCGAGACAGAUCAGUCGUUGCAUGAGAAGAAAUCCACCAGAAGAGAGUCAUUCAGGCAAAGAGCAAUUAAUGCAUCAAACAAGUUGAGGAACUCAUUUACAAACAUAGGAGGAAGAAGGAGCAGCAGAAUCAUGUCAGUCGAGAUCGAGGAUGAGCACGAUGUCGAGGAGUUGAAAGCAGUGGAUGCUUUUCGGCAAGCUCUUAUUUUGGAAGAGCUUCUGCCAUCCAAGCAUGACGAUUACCACAUGAUGCUUAGGUUUUUAAAGGCAAGAAAAUUUGACAUAGACAAAACAAAGCAAAUGUGGUCAGAUAUGCUCCAAUGGAGGAAGGAAUUCGGAUCAGACACAAUAAUGGAGGUAAUAAAGUAUAUUAUUCAAAACAAUUUUUGGGCCAAGGAUUUUGAGUUCAAUGAAAUAGAUGAAGUACUACAACAUUACCCACAAGGGCAUCAUGGUGUGGAUAUGGAUGGUAGACCAGUGUACAUUGAGAGGUUGGGAUUGGUAGACCCCACAAAGCUCAUGCAAGCGACCAACAUGGAUAGAUACGUGAAGUACCAUGUUCAGGAAUUUGAAAGAACUUUCGCUUUUAAGUUCCCUGCAUGUUCCAUUGCUGCCAAAAAACACAUUGAUCAGAGCACUACCAUCUUAGAUGUCCAAGGAGUGGGUCUCAAGAACUUCAACAAGGCUGCGAGGGAGCUCAUUACUCGCCUUCAAAAGGUUGAUGGCGACAAUUAUCCUGAGACCUUGAACCGAAUGUUCAUCAUCAAUGCCGGUUCUGGAUUCAGAAUGUUGUGGAACACUGUUAAGUCCUUCCUUGAUCCUAAGACCACUGCUAAGAUCCAUGUUCUUGGGAAUAAGUACCAGAGCAAGUUGCUUGAGAUAAUUGAUGCUAGCGAGCUGCCAGACUUCUUAGGAGGAACUUGCACAUGUGAAGAACAGGGUGGUUGCAUGCGAUCUGAUAAAGGUCCUUGGAAAGAUCCUGAGAUCAUCAGGAUGAUUCAAAAUGGGGAGCACAAAUGCAGGAAGACCAAUGAGCUUGCUGAUAAUCCAGAUGAGAAGACCAUCUCAGAAAAUGAGAUAAUCUACUCAAAGAGUAACUCACCUAAAGUGGAGUCAAUUCCUAAAGUUGAUGAUACUAUAGUAACCGCAAGGGCCCAAAUUGAGCAUCCUCCUAUUGCUCCUAUUAUUUACCAAGUUAGUCAGAAAAUGUCAUUCAAAGGAUACAAUGCAAUCAUUGAGAAACCAAAAAAUGUGAGGUGGAAGAAUGUGGUGCACAACAAUAACUUUGCUGCCCUAUCUAAAGUUCCACUCAAUCCUCACAACAUACCAACAGACAGUUUUCCGAUGAUAGAUGCUCAUAAGUUACUUGCAGAGGGGGCUAGCUCCCCGCUGAUUACCGGGGUGAUGGCAUUCGUCACGGGGAUUGUAACGAUGAUCAAGGUGACGAGGAACAUGCCAAAGAAGCUAACCAAUUCAACAAUAUACUCUAGUCCAGUCUACUGUGAGGAACCAAUCCAGAGAAUGCAGCAGCCAAUACUCACCCAACCAGCAAUUCCUACGGUUGCAGUAUCAGAGUUUAUGGCUAUGGUGAAGAGGAUGAAUGAGAUGGAGGAGAAAGUGAUUGUUUUGAGCAACAGACCGAAUUUGAUGCCACCAGAGAAAGAGGACUUGUUGAAUGUUGCUUUGACAAGGAUUGACACCUUGGAGGAAGAACUUACUGCUACUAAGAAGGCUCUAGAUGAUUCACUUGCACCACAACAAGAAGUCUUGGCUUAUCUUGAGAAAAAGAAAAAGAAAAAGAAAUUGAUCCAGUUUGGGUGGUGAGAGCAUGAUGCAUGAAUUAGGAGCAGGUAAGAAAGUGAAGAAUUUAAAACAGUGGGUGAGAAGAUGUAAUUAUCUGGUUCAAGGCCCAAAUCCAAAAUGCACCCUUGUCUUUUUCCUCCCAAAUAACCCAAAUCAAGCAAGAAGAAAAGAAAAAGCGAAUUUCCAUGUACAAAAAGGAGAGUGGGUAAAUUAGCAAACAUAAUUUUUGUGUCCUCUAAGCAUAUUCUUUGAGUAUAAGGUUAAAGGGAAAAAGAAAUAGCAAGCAAAUAGUAUAUAAGAAAAUUCGGUAAAUAUUUUAGUAAUGUGAUAUAGAGAUUUUUUUUUAAUAUAUGUUUUCCUCUCUAAAUGGAACUUUUAUCCCCAUUGUAAAUUCUCAUUUCAUUGAGAGCGAGACCUCGAAAAAAAGAAAAGUGAUGAGAAAACAAAGGCUACAUGUAAAUUGUAGGCAGGAAGUAAAGAGUUUUUUUUAGUGAAUAGAGAGUAUUUAUAAAGACUCCAAAAGCAUAGCUAAGCAUAUACAAUAUGUUGGCAAGUUUUUUAAUAUAUUUAUUAUGCAGGUUUCUCUCUG